GGUACCUGUACAGUAUUUUCAUGUGCCUAAGUGACAGUUGUCACCGUUGUUCCUUCCACUUUUUUGCAUUUUAUGAUUUCACCUGACAAAUUUGAUCUAUUUUUUCCAAAUUUUCAGGAUUUUCUUGGCGUCUGAUUCCAUAAUCUAUUAUAAUCAAGAUUUUCCCCAGCCAUCCUGUCAAUUCCCCCAAGUCUUUGGGGAAGUACCUAAGGCAUUGUGGUUCAUAGUGUGGGCUCUGCAGGCUGACUCUCUAGGUUCAGAUCCCAAGUUAUGGCUUACUAGCUGAGUUUGUUCAGAAAAAACUAAACCCAAGUGAUUCAGAUGCUUAUUUGGGCUAGAUUUAAAUCUCCAGAUUUCUUUGUAUGCUUUGUCUGGUGAGAUGUUUAAGAAUCUCCAGAUACUGCUGCUGAUGCCAUUGUUGAUAAUGGUGAAAUUAUAUAACAACCAUGCAUGCUUAAAGACUGUCUAGAUGCAGAUACCAUGACAACAACUAACAUAUAAGCGCUACCCUGUGGGAGACAUUCACAAUUCCAAGCAGUUGAUGUGUAUGUGUCAGUUAAUAUUUAUAGCAACCCUUUUUUCCCCAGCUUUAUUGAGAUAUAAUUGACAUAUAGCAUUGUGUAAGCUUAAGGUGUACAAUGUGAUGAUUUGAUAUUUGUCUAUAUUGUGAAAUGAUUACACCAUAAGGCUAGUUAAUACUUCCAUCACCUCACAUAAUUAUCUUAUUUUCUGUGGUGAGAACAUUUAAGAUCUACUCUCUUAGGCAGAUAUUGUUGUUGUCCUGGUGUUACAGAUAAAGACAGGCUCAGAGAGGUUAAGAAAUGUGCCCAGGGUUACAGAGAUGGUAAGUGGAAGAGCUGUGGUUCCGAACCAGGCAGUCUGGCUCCAGACUUAGUGCUCUUAACAAUGACACUGCACCGCCUUGGACAUGGAGCCGCUCUGCUAUCCAGAGAAAUGGUGGAAUCAGAAUUUAAAUCUGAACAUUCUGCCUCUAGAAUCCUGCACACUUACCCACUAUGCUCUACUGUCAGUGUCACCUGUGUCUCACGUCCAGCCCAGUUUAUUUCUAGAUUUAGAUCAUUGUCUACCAUAUCUUUUUCUGGUAGGACUUAUUUGUAAUGUGUAUUUGCUUUUGAGAUUAAUUAAUGAAAAACUUUUGUUUACUCAUCUUUUAGAUGACACCAGGUUUAAAACUGUGCAGGGAGUUGUGACAAAGUUAUGUGAUGAUUAUGGCUUGAUUGAUGAGUUGAUCUACUUCAGCAGUGAUGUUGUAACUGGCAGUGUGCCUCUGAAGGUUGGACAAAAAGUUACUGCAGUUGUGGAAGAAGAUGAAACAUCUCAUGGAUUGAAAGCGAUCAAAGUGGAUGCUUUCUAUGAUGAUUGCCAUGGUGAUGGGCUGUCAGACUCCUAUUCUAGAGUUUCAUUUGCCUGUAUUACCUCUCCAAUGGAAAGUGCUGACUACCUUAAUCAUACAACUUACUUUUCUCUAGACGUUGUUUGUAAAGGUUUUGAGCCUUAUCAGGGUGACCGAGUAGAAGUUGACUUUUCCAUCCAGCCAGACACGCAGAGCAGAAAGGCCCUCUCAGUGAAGCCUCGACGACAUAAGCAUGUGCAUGAGGUCUGUAUUACUAGCCUACAUGGAAGAAAUGGGGUAAUAGAUGAGUGCAUCUUUUUCACCUUGGAUUCUCUGAAACUCCCUGAUGGAUACAUACCUCGAGUAUCUGACAUUGUUAAUGCGGUUGUGGUGGAGAGCAUUCAGUCCUGCUAUAAUUGGAGAGCAAUUUCUAUGACUCUAGUGAAAAGGUGGUAAUAAGAAAACAAUAUUUUUACUCCCUAUGCAGCUUUUCUUCUCUUGGCAAUGAAGGGCCUGGUUUAAAUGUGUUUUGAAAAAACUAGCUUAGUAAACCUCAACAAUUAAUUCAAAUUCAACCUGUCAAAUCCUGUGUGGGUUGGCUAAAUAGAGUGUAUCUUCUGGAGAGUGUUCAGCAAUUUUAUUAUUGAUUAAAGACAUUUUCAGCUUAA